AUGGCAAAAGGACUAGAUGGUGAAGUGUAUGGUGAACCCUAUCAAUCCCAGAUUAGUGAUGAUCAUUACUCUCAACUUAUGCCAUCAUAUAGUCAAAUUAUCCCUAUUGAGUUGAAAGAGUUAGAGACGGAUGAUCCUUGCAAAAAAUCCAUUCGAACUAAAAACGUUUCUCCGGAGGAGGACCUUGUGUUGGUUUCAGCUUGGCUUAACACAAGUAUUGAUCCAAUUAUUGGGACAGAUCAAACAAAUAUUCAAUAUUGGAGAAAAGUAGGGUCAUAUUAUAAGGCAGCCAUAGAAAAUACAAAGUAUGGGCCACGGACAGACAAAUCUCUUACAAAUCGAUGGAGUACAAUCCAACAAGCUGUAAACAAGUUUUGCGGCUAUUACACACAACGAGAAGGAAGUCUCCGUAAAUCUGGUGAUACCGGCAUAGACGUGCUUCAAGAGCCUAAAAAGAUCUACCAUGAGAUCCAAAAAAACUCAAUUUCGAUUAGAAAAUUGCUGGAAUAA